AUGAAGAACGACCAGCGAUUAUCAUCCGGCUCGUCUCUUCAGCGGCCCACUUUCAGCGCCGCUGAUCUCAUUACAUCCACGUCGCCAUCAGGUUCUGCUUUGUUGUCCCCAAGCCUUACGACAGAACCACAAAGCCCUACUCAAAAUGUGUGCUUGCCUCUGUCGCCGCUUGAGUCGCCGUCUCUCGAGAAACAUGGUCAGCGCUAUGAGAUGUUUUCUUUUCGGGUUGAGGGGGCCUAUGAUGCUGUUCUUAGUCAACUCGACUCAAAGCGUUUCCGAAGGUCCAAAAAGUCACGCCGUCGGUUCGACAUCGAAGUCCAAAAGGCUUCAUGCUUGAAUACCAUUGGAUGUUUGGUCAGAGUUCUGGUCAGCCAACCGUUGGAAGCCACAUCAUCGCAAGACGCGAGCAUCGAAGUCUGUACCCUGAUUGACGAUGCUCUCAACAACCUCUGGAUUCAAUUGAGUUAUCUUGCUCGCGAUAUCACGAGAUUCGGUCAAAAGCACGAGAUUGUAUCAGGACCGCCCAUUGUCUCCUGA